UAUAUGGGGGGAAACUUGUGUCUUGGACACUACUUGUCUUUGCCUUCUACAAUAAGGAAGUACAAAGAAAGAAAGGAAAGAGGGGAGCCCUUGGCCUUUUCUUCUGCUUUGUUUGUUUCUUGCAUUAAGAAGGAGAUCUAGCUAGAGAGAUCAUCUAGCUUAAUUAAUUAGGACAUGGGGAGGCUACCAUGUUGUGACAAAGUGGGCAUGAAGAAGGGCCCUUGGACACCUGAGGAGGACAUCACCCUUGUCUCUUACAUCCAAGAGCAUGGCCCUGGCAACUGGAGAGCUGUUCCCACUCAAACUGGGCUUAUGAGAUGCAGCAAAAGUUGUAGGCUGAGAUGGACGAACUAUCUAAGACCAGGCAUCAGAAGAGGCAACUUCACUGACCAAGAAGAGAAGCUCAUCAUCCACCUCCAAGCUCUUCUAGGCAACAGAUGGGCGGCUAUAGCUUCUUACCUUCCGGAGAGAACAGACAACGACAUCAAGAACUACUGGAACACAUAUCUUAAGAAGAAGCUAAAGAAGCUCGACUCCGAUGACCAGAAAAGCCAAAAUGGCUUCCCUAGCAAGCACUCCAGCUCCAGUAAAGGCCAGUGGGAGAGAAGGCUCCAAACUGACAUUAACAUGGCGAAGCGAGCUCUCUGCGAAGCCUUGUCUCUCGACAAUACUGCGCCCAACAGCUUAUUAACCAAUUCACAAGCCAACCCUACAGCUCAUGGCUGCUACAAUUCAAGUAGUAUCCAACCAUCGACAUACGCUUCGAGCGCGGAGAACAUAUCUAGGCUUCUUCAAGGAUGGAAGAAGAACUCGCCGAGCCGCUCCUGCUUAUCGGAGACCGAUUCCGCCUCUUCCACGAGCCACGGAAUGGGGAGUGCUUCGUCUAACUGCAUCGUGUCACCCGUGCCGCUCGAUCCAUUUAUCGGCUUCUGCUCCUCCUCGUCGGAGCUUUCGGAGGGAGGCAGAAGCCCCGUGAUCGGAGAUGAGGGAAAGGUGGGGGUUUUUGAGGUGCAAACGCCGCUCUCAUUGAUCGAAUCAUGGCUUUUCGAUGAUGAUGGUGUUGAGCAAGGGGGAGAGGACUUUGUUCAUGUAUCAAUGGAUAACAUUUUUUAGUUUCUAAUAUUGGCCGUAUUAUGUGAUGGUUUUUUUUUUAAAUUUUGGGGAUCUUUUAGAUGUGAGUAUUAAGGACUCAAAGAAAUUACGAAGUGUAAAUUGCUGAAGUUAGAUAAGCUAUAUGUGUUGAUCAUUAUGUGGUAAUUAAUCUGAUAUUCUAUCUA